AUGAGGCCCAACGCUCCCUCGGCGCUUCUCAGCGCCUUUCAAGGCCUCAGAAUCUCUGCGGCGCCAUCAAUCAACCCCUUUGGCGCUGCCAUCCGACCCCAAUUGACCAAGCCACUGGUCGCAUCACAGAUCCUCCGCGAGGCCCGCCCAUUCUCGUCGACAACUGCUCAGCAAGGCAACUGGCUCGAACCCUCGAUCGACCGAACGAAGAAGAUGAUGAAGGGACGGCCUCGUGUGGCAACCGGAGGAUCGACCAAGGGCACGACUGUCAUCUGGGGCGAUUAUGGCCUUCGCAUGAAGGACCACCACCGAAGAAUCAGCGCGAAGCAAUUAAAGAACGCCGAGGACACCAUCAAGAUGAGAUUGCGUGGUCAGAAGUACCGUCUGUACAAGAGGAUAUGCUGUAACGUUGGAGUCUACGUCUCCGGUAACGAGAUGCGUAUGGGUAAGGGUAAGGGUUCUUUCGAUCACUGGGCUGCGCGUGUUGCAGUAAACCAGAUUGUUUUUGAAAUCAAGGGAAUGCUUCACGAGGCUGUCGCGAAGGAUGCCUUCCGCCUGGCCGGUAACAAGCUGCCUGGACAAUGGGAAUUCGUUCACAAGGGAGAGGCCCCCGUGGUUGGAAUUACGAAGCUUGACGGUGUUACGUUGGAGGAGUUGAAGAGGCCGAGAAAGCAGAUUGCGCCAGCGGACUUGAUUGCAGAGGCGCCCACCAAACCUACGAGUGCUCCUUCUGCCGGCUCGCCUUCUGCUUGA